AUGUUAGCACAAACCAAGGACCCUGUGACAGAGAACCGGGAGAGGGAGCCGAGCUGGAGUAUCAGCCCUAGCCACUCCGGCCAGAGACCGAAAGCUGCCGGAGCCGCACCCGACCCCUUCCCGCUGAGCUUCACCUCGUCCAAAACCCGCCGCAGCUCCACGGUGGUCAACAAUCGCGAAACCGAGACAGGGACUCACCGCAGGACCACAGCACCGGAGCCGCUCCAUCACCGAACCGCAGCACCGGAGCAAAAGGGCGGCACCAACAGGGCAGCACCAUCCCCUCAUCGUAGCACCGGAGUAGGCGGCUUGGAUUUGGGCAAACUUCAAUUAAUUGCGCAUCAAGGCGAGGGAAGCCGCAAAAACGGGAAGAGGUCGAGCGGCCAGGAGACGCCUGACAGCGAAACUCAGAAGCCUAGUGGAAGGCGGCGGAAUCGAUUGCAGCGGCUCUUUUCUUUCGAGAUUUGGGGAAGGAGAAACGAGGGUUGGUUUUUUUAA